UCUGCAAGUUGUAACACAUAACAACAAAUGAACAAGAAACAGUGUUUGAAGUGAUUAGAACCAGCAAUGAUGUUUUACAAUAUGAUAUGAGCAGGCCAAACUCAAAAAAGGAACCAUGAGUGAUAAAGGAUCCCCCAAGCAGAAAAAGAAUGUGUCUGUUAUCAACCACAAAACAGACCCUGAGGAGUCUAAGCCCACCAGAAAAAGUGAGGGGGGUCUUCCAAACAUCAAUGAAAGAUUAGGUCAGUUGCGUCCGUCCCGAGAACUGUUGGAAUAUUAUAGGAAGAAAAUAGCAGAAUAUGAUGAAGAGCAUGAUCACAUGGUCAGCAAACUAGAGGAAUAUCGUAUCACAUAUGAAGAACAGCACAAAUUACAAUGGGAGCUGAGACAGAGAGAAGAGGAGAUUGUGGAACUACAGAAGGCACUCAGUGACAUGCAGGUCUAUCUGUUCCAGGAACGCGAACAUGUUCUACGACUUUACUCUGAAAAUGACAGACUCAAGAUUCGAGAACUAGAGGACAAGAAGAAGAUCCAGCAACUUUUGAGUCUGUCCAGUACCCCCGACAGUGAGACUACAUAUUUUAUGAAGGAACCUCCAGCAAAGGCUAUUGUAGAGCAGAAAACUAAGAAUAAAAGACCCCAGAGUGCUGCAGACAGCAGGCAAAAUAGAGGUAUAAAGAAGAAAUCAGUGCCUCUGUCUGACCGUCGAGGCUCAAUAGAGGCCAUCCCCGAGGAGAAGUACAAACAUGACAAUGAGUCGCUGGUCCUCCAGGUAGAGGCCCUACAGGCACAGCUACAGGAGCAGACCAAGCUGGCCAAGGAACAAACAGAGGCACUGAUGGAGGAUAGGAGGGUGAAGGAGGAGGAAAUGCAGACCAGAAUGGAAAGGGAUGAGGCCAAAAUUGCCACACUCGCAGAAAAACUACACAAAACUCAGGACCUUCUGUACGAGAGCACCAAAGACUUCCUGGAGCUGAGGUACCAGGGACGAUCCAAUGAAAGACAGUGGAUGGGAGAGAAAGACAAGCUCCUGAGAGACCUAGAUCAUGUAAAACUUCAGCUUCAUCCUAACAGAGACCCUGUGUUAAACAUGUCAGAAGGCGCUUUAGACAGGGCAGGCUGUGUGGAGGAGAUGAAGUCUCUGGAAUACCAGCUAACUCAGUCCCAGAAGUUGGCCGAGAUGUACAGGGAACAAGUCAUACAGCUUGAGGAUGAAUUGUCACGAAUACGAGAGGAAGGGGAUGUCACCAGGGAAAUCUUUAAGGGUCGAAGUGACAAAAUGACGAAGCGCUUACAACUGAUGAACCACAGGUACCAGGAUCUAGAGAGAAGGCGUAAUCUAGAAGUGGAGGGGUUCAAAAAUGACAUCAAAAACCUCAGGUCAAGGUUAAAAGAUGUCGAAAGGCAACUAUACAAGGUUACCAUGGGGUUUGCUGAGGAUAUGGACAUGAAACGGCCUGAGGAGUUAGAUUUACAGAUUCUGAAGAAUGUGCGGGCCACAGCUGGAAGAUCCAAGAAAAUAAUGGGCGAACUGAAAAAUCUCAAGUCAAAAAUGUAUGGUAUUGAGAAUGAUUUGAAGCAUUUAUGAUUGAUUACUGUGAUACUUAACACACUUAAAAGUAACGUGAUCUUCAUUGCAAAAGAGGAACUGAUUAUUCAGCUGCAGUGUAUAUACAUGUAUGUAGUAAUAACGGUGAAGAAGAAAAAAAUAUGUGCUAGAUGACUUUAGAUUGGUGUAUAUUUUGCAGUUAUUGUAAUGGCAGAUUACCAUAUUUGAGGGUUGUAUUGUUAUUGAGGCAGUUUUGAAGAUUAAUAAGAUCAUGUCGUAUUUAUAAUUUUCAAAGGACAUUUUAGAAGUUCUUUAGGGAAACUGUCUAGUAAUUAACCAUAAAGUCAUAAAUUAUGUGAUACAUAUAUGUUAUUAUGUCCUUUUCUAUUUAUAUUUAUGUGUCUGACAUUAGAUAUUAAAAUAAAUGAGAUAAGAACAGAUGAUAAUUGAAA